GUCAUUUUGAGUGCAGGACAUGUGCUGCAGUUUCUUCAGCAUAAUUGGGGAUCCUUCCAAAGGGUUCUUCUGUUAUGGUCAGGGAUAUACAACACAUUUCUUCUGCCUAGCGUCUUUCUUGUGGACAACAACAAUUGCCCUUACUCUUCACCGAACAGUUGUUAGACAUAAGACGGAUGUUGAAGAUUUGGAGCCAAUGUUUCAUUUAUAUGUUUGGGGAACUUCAGGAGUAAUGACAGUUAUAAGAUCAAUUGCCAAUAAUCAUGAACAUCUAAGUCGUUUGGGCACUUGGUGUUGGGCACAAACAGGACACACAGGAAAGGCAACCGACGAGUCACUUCUUGAGUUAUUCUACCGUGCAUUUAAUGAUAAUGGAAAAAUUGUUGUAAACACCAUUACCGAUGGAGCAUUCUUGGCUAAUACUUUUCAAGAGGCUAUGGAGAGACUUGAUCGUGUUGCAAAGUCAAACACUUUUCAAGAGGCUCCAUGA